CAAAUUUCAAUAUGGGUGUGGAUUGGAGUUCUCAAGUUGCUAUCACUAAAAAAUCUCCAUUUCAACACAUUAUCCACACCCUAUGUGUGUCUCCACAUAAGCCCAUAAGCCCCCCAGUAGCAUACUGAUAACUGGGACAGCGAGUGAUUCUCUCUUAACUUACAACCCCAGCUUUUUUAUUAUUCUUUUUUCGCCUUGACUACCACCUCUUUAUUGGUUUUUAAUGGAAUCCAUGUCAGGGGAAUGAAUGGCUGGAAAGGGCAUACCAGUUUUCUUCUGAAGCACUUGGAUCACAUAGAGAGUGAAAGGGAGACGCUUAACUGAGUGUGGGUGAUAAGGCUUGGAGAAGUAGAAGAAGUAUACAAGAGAUUAUAGGUUUUAUGGACUGGAACUUGAAGACACCUUCUUGGGAUUUGACUGAAUUGGAGACAGAAGCCAUUCCCAACAUAGAUGUGGUUGGUGGGACAAGCAGCUCUGGAGUACAUAAGACUGGAGGGGAUUUUUCCAUUGAUUUGAAGCUUGGUCAAGUCAGUAAUCCCAGCAGUGACUUUGCUGAUAAGUUGAAGGAGCAAAAAUUUUCGAGUAUUGCCUCUCCCUUGCCUUCAGGAUCAUCAAAGAGGGCAAGAGCCACUAACAAUGGAAGCCAGACUGUUUCUUGCCUUGUUGAUGGGUGCAAUUCAGACCUUAGUAAUUGCAGAGAGUACCAUAGGAGGCAUAAGGUCUGUGAGCUCCAUUCUAAGACCGCCCAAGUCACAAUUGGUGGCCACACACAGAGGUUCUGCCAGCAGUGCAGCAGGUUUCAUUCGCUUGAGGAAUUUGAUGAGGGAAAGAGAAGCUGCAGGAAACGUCUUGAUGGGCACAAUAGACGGCGAAGAAAGCCUCAGCCGGAGCCCCUGUCACGUCCUGGAAGCUUUUUAACCAAUUACCAAGGCUCGGGAUUGUUACCAUUCUCUAGUCCCCAUCUGUAUCCUACUACUGCUAUGAUGAGCCCCAACUGGGGAGCUGGACUUGUCAAAACCGAGGAAGGUGCUAUACUUUAUAACCAGCACCAACAGUUACCCUUGCUGGAAAAACAACAUCUGCAUCUUGGAUCCUCCUCUAGCUUCUACAAAGGAGGGAAGCAACUGACUUUCUUGCAAGCUGACCACCCCUCUCUGCGCAACUACACAACUUCUGAAGCUCCUGUCUGCCAGCCACACGCUGGCCAUGGCUGCAAAAUGUUCUAUGAUAGGCUAACAAACCAAGUCCUCGAGUCAGAUUGUGCUCUCUCUCUUCUGUCAUCACCGCAGACCCAGUCAUCAGGUAUUAGUUUGAGCAACGUGGUGCAGCCUAACUCAGUCUCCCUAGCACAGCCCUCAGCCCCAAGCCUGCAUUACAACAAUCAGCCUGUGGAUUCUGUUCUGGUUUCCAAUGCCGGUGUCACUGAUAUCCAUUGCCCAGGAAUAUUUCACAUUGGAUCUGAUGGAUCCUCUGGGAACGAGGCACCUCAAAAGCUUCCCUUCUUCUGGGAUUAGCACGAUUGCUCCCCGUUUUCUCCUUGUCUACAUUGUCUCCAGGUUUUCCUCAGAAAGAUCUUGAUAACAAUACUCUUCAUUUUACAAGCAAACAGUUGGUGUCUAGUGAAGUUUCCUCUCUUUGAUGAACAUGUUCAUAAAAUCUCUCAUGUUUCUCAAAAGUAACCCUUCUGGCCUCUUACUAUGGUGUCCCAUGUUUACUCCUUCCUGCUAGAAUUUUGCUAAACCCUCAUGAUUAUACUUGAAAUAUUUUUUAUUUUGCAGCUCUCA